GGCCGGGCUGCUGGGUGGACCUGGCUGCCUGGCCCCGCCGACCUGAGGACCCUGAAGCGGGAUCUAGCCCGCGGGGAAGGGUGUCUAGAGCCCGCAAACGGCCGCCGGAGCGCGUGCGGCCAGAGGAAGCGCUCCUCGGGCGACCAAUCAGCGGCGAGAAGCCGUUUUAACGUCCCUCCCUCUCCCUGCCCUCCUUUCCCCGCUCUCUGGUUCCUACCCCCUCCUCCCCGCCUCGGCUCUCUCCGGUUCGGCCCUUCCAGGACACCGUCGCCCGCGCUCUCGGGAGUCCGGCCGCGACCUUUCUUGGCAGUAUGGCCAGCUCAGAGGCCGAAUGGGUAACAGUUGCCAAUAACCUUCUUUUUAAAUGUCACAUACAUCUGAGGAUACACGAACUUGAAGACUGUGAUGCUAAUGUUUUUAUUGCACUUUAUCAAUCCAUUUUGGGAGAAAAGGUACCAGACCUCAUAGCUAUUUCCAGGAGUCAAGAAGAUGAUGCCCACAAUGUACAAGCAGUGAUUGAUUCACUAGCUCUGGAUUACCUUCAGGUCAGCUUGUCUCACAUAACAGGAGAAAACAUAGUAAAAGGGGAUAAGGAAUCUAUCAAGAAUCUCCUAGAAAUAUUUGAUGGAUUGUUGGAGUAUCUGACAGAGCACAUCAGUGAAACGUCUCACAACAAAAGUGAAACUGAACAGUAUUUUAAAGACUCUCAUGGAGAAGAACCUGUAGAGGAGCUAGAAAGUGUCAAGGAGUCCAAGUCAUCAUGGAGAAAAGUGUCUUUUGGGAGGUGUUCCUUCUUGUCUGAUGCUUUCGAGCCUGCCUGGGAUGAAGAUGAAGUGGAAUCCACAGGUGAAGUCAUCAGGCUUGGAGACACUGCACAUACCUUUUCCCUGAGAAGUAAUGGUGCUCAGAACCCCAUGGACAAGCAGACUAGAAACGUUUCAGUUUUACUGGGCACUGAAGCACAUGGGGCAGUGUUGGACCCUGUCUCAUCAAGUUCUCGAUCCAAGAAUGGGACAACUUUUGAAGCAGCAGAAACCCCUUCUGUGAGUAUGGUUACAAGUGCCAGGAAAUUAGGUGAGCCAAUCCGAGCCGCCAUUCCCUUACAUCCUCCCUACCAUCCUUCUGAGCCUCGAGCACCUUGUCCCAUAGGGAAGGAAUACCUCCGUUCAAGUUACUACUCGUCUGCACUGACUUCUGGAGAGCAUUCGGAACUUUCUGUGGAACCAGAUCAUAAAGUUGUCUUAACUUCCACAUUAUCCAAAGAUGAUGAAUGGGAAACAUGUCUGACUCCGACUCAAAGCCCCCGGACAAGGAAGCUUCCUGAAGGGAAAAGAAAUGAAACCAGAGUUGUGACCCCCUCAGCGUAUUCGUCUUCCCCUCAGAAGGCCAGGAAGUGGCUAACAGAACAAGAACUGCAUGAGGUCUCAGAGAAGCUCUCUCAGCGGCUCUUUGAACUAGACUGGAUGUUAAAAAGUGCCCUGGGUGAUCGAGCAACAGGCAAGACUGAUGGUAAAGAUGGUGAUGCCGGAGAUGAAGAGGGGCACAGUGGAAAGGAGGAAAGACUGUCGCAGCACAGUGACAGCGUCAUGGAGUACGGACCGAAGAAGCUUCGACCAGGAUUUUCCAUGUACAGAAAGGCACCCCACAGGUCCCAUUCGCUGUCGCCAUCUUCAGUAAACAAACACAGACAAUCAGAGAGAGAGAGAAAAAAGCAGCACGAGUCUAAAGGAACAGACGCCCGCCGAGUUCAGGCAAAGGCAUUAACUGAAGCAUUUGAACGGGAACUAAGAAAACAUAAAGUUCAAGAGAACGUUGGACUUCGAGGGAUAAGUGCCGAGGAGGAGGAGGAGGAAACAGAAAAAACACACAGAGAAGCCAUUCCUAAAGGAACUCCAAAACAGAGUCAGGUCCAGAAGAUUUACUCCAGAAAAGCGGCAGCUCCGAGUCCAAAAGGUGGUCUCCUGAAGUCAAGCAAGGCAGCUCCAAUGAAAGUAAAUGAAUACAGUCUUCUGCCCCUGAUGUUGGAACAGUUUCCAUUUCUCUAUGUUUCUGACCCAACACUGACCAAAAUGUGGAAGCAGCAAAUUGCACAGGUUGAACAACUCAAAAGAGAAGCACAGAGAGAAGGCCGAUCCAAAAAGAAGCUCCAGGAUCAAAUAGAAGAAGCCCUGAGAAGGCAUGACCUCCUGACUGCCCUUGUCAAGAAGGAAUAUGAACACAACAAGAGAUUGCAAGACUUCAAGGACCGAAUUCAUAGACAAAGGCUGACCCAAUCAAGGAUAAAAGAAAAUCGUCAGCAAAUUGUUCGUGCCCGAAAGUACUAUGAUGAUUACAGAGUUCAGUUACGUGCAAAAAUGAUGAGGAUGAGAACCCGGGAAGAAAUGAUCUUUAAGAAACUGUUUGAAGAAGGUUUACAAAUUCAGAAGCAAAGACUACGAGACCUAAGAAACUACGCCAAAGAGAAACGCAAUGAAGAAAAGAGACAGCACCAGAAUGAACUGGACUCGAUGGAAAACUACUAUAAGGACCAGUUUUCAUUGCUGGCAGAAGCCAUAUCACAGGAGCGUCAGGAACUCAAAGCCAGAGAAAAAUCUCAGGCUCAGACGUUACAUAAGGUGAAGAGGGAGCUGAGAGCGAAGAUGGAGAAGGAGAUCCAGCAGCUGCAGUACAUGGUCACCCGGAACGACGAGGAUGCUUUCUUCCGGGAACUAGAAGCAGAGCGCUUCAGAGCUCGGCUGCAACUGGCCUCCUUCCAGUACAGUAGAAACCCUUUCCCAAGAGGCCAGACAUCAUAGGUGACAUUUCUAGAGACCUUAAUGUGUGGACAUAGCUAGACCUGAGCCAGUAAACCGUCUAAACCAGAAUUAUUUUUUAAAUGCUUUAUCUAUGUAUUCAUGCCAAAACUUAUUUUUUUAAAUAAAAACUAUUUUUCUUAA